AUGAGGAUUGAGGAGUUUUUGCAGCUUGAGCAGGGUAGUAUGAUUGUGAUGGAGUACGAAAAGAAGUUUAUUGAGUUGUCUAAAUAUUUCGCCCUUCUGGUAGCAGAUGAGAAGAAGAAAUGUCAGUUGUUCACACGUGGUUUGAGGCCAGCUAUAAGUGACAUUGUGGUGAGUCAACGCAUUAUGGAUUAUGGUGUACUUGUGGUGUCUGCUACUUUGGUUGAGAGUAGCCAGAAGGCGGUAUGGGGACUUGGAGACUCACGUCGACGUCAGUUUGAUUCUGGUGGCCCUAGUCAGGGGUCAUCCAAAAGGGGUAACUUCAGCUCUGGAUCUUCUGGGAGUGGUGGUCAUAGAGUUUUUAGGGCUAGAGCCGGUUCUAAUAGUGGAUCAAUUCAGAGUUUCAGUUGUAGGACUCGUGACAGGACCCGAUCCAAAUUUCGCUUUGGAAUUCGAACAAAACCUUGUGCGUGUUUGACACCUGGCGAAUUAAGGGCAUUUUCGGAGGGAGUCCCAAUGUUAUUUCAUGAUAGAGCGACUGUUUUGGGAUUAAUUUUCAUGGGUGGUGCACAGAGUGGAGGUCAGACUACAGCCCAUACUAUUGGAGCCUUGUCUAGUAGUGAGACUCAGGCUAGUACGGCUAGUAGAGAGAGUACUCAACAGAGAGGACGUUCUAGAGCUACAGGUAAGGUUUUGAUAGAUCUCAGGGCUACACAUUCUUUUGUUGCACAUAGUUUUGCCCAGUAUGCUAGUGUGAGGCCUACGAUCUUACGUGGAGAGCUUGCUAUUACUUUACCCAUGGGAGAGGUCUUUGUCACCAAUACGGUGUACAUGAAUAGUCCGGUGUUGAUGGGAGAGGUAGUUUUGGAGGCUAACUUGAUUCCCUUGGAGAUUGUGGACCUAAAUGUCAUUUAG